CGAAACGAAGGAAGCGCCGCUCGUCGCCGAGCUCGACGUCGAGCGCGACGGAGCCGACGAGCCCCGUGCCCCUUUAGUUCGCGUUCGCUCGCCGUCUCGAGCGCGACAUUUUCCCUCGCUUUUUAUCUCGAACGCGCGUACCUCCUCGCUUCAUUCUUCCUCUUCUACUAUCUACGUUCUCUUGUGUCAGUGUCGGUCACGCGACCGAAUUUCACCCCUCGCCUUUUACUACGUUUACGAUAUCUCGUAUCUUCCGCCUAUAUUUUCUCUCCUUCCUCUUCCUUACUCUCCCUCUCUUCCUCCUUUAUUUGCCCGUGUUCUCCCUCCCUUCUUUCAACCCCGUCUUUCAUCCCGUCUCGUGUUUCGCGAUACGUAUUCGAUGAAUCGUGUCGAGCGAAACGAUCACUGAGUGAUAGACGAGGAGGAUGCUCGAAGCUGGACCACCCCGAAACAUAAUGAACGAGGCAACGAUGGAUUUCUCGCCACGGAUUUGCCCCAGAACCAGAACCGUGAAGCGACCACCGUCGAAUCGAGGUCUUGCUCAGCGGUCGUGAAGGAAGGACGGUUGGUAAUUUCGAGGGAGGUAAAUUGGAACGAUGUUAGCGAGGGUGGCGAGAAGGAGCUCAAAGAGAUCGCGUUAAAGUCCUGGCCAAGUUUCCCUUAAAGUAUUUAUCGAGGAAAAAAGAGUGCCAAAGAACUGUGGGCGAAGUUGCCGGAAAGUGAGAACGCGCGAGGGAAACGAAGAGGCGCAACGCCGACGAAGGAGGGGUGAGAGUGGAGUGGAGCGGGAAGGAAAGAAGCCGACGGACCGGGGAGAACGUGAAAGAGGCAAGAGGAGAGGAAGAAUGAGAAGCGACGUUGGGCGAGAAAGGAGAGGAUCGUGGUAACCCGGCGAAGAGUGGAUCUCGGGGGUUGAUCGGGGUCGAUCGGUCGGUGUGAUGGUCUCGGGGUGGUGUCCGUGCGUGCCGAUCGGCCGGCGGGAAUCAUCGGCCCAGCAGCAGUCGGCCUCCUCCUCCUCAUCGAGGAGUUUCGGUAACGACGGUGCACCGUUCACCGUCAGCGCGGCCACCGACCGCGCAGAGAUGGUACAGAUGUUUUACUACGAGAACCGCGGCAAGUGCUGCAAGAAGUUACUUCGAUACAACGGUUACCCGAACAAGGUGCUCUUGUUUCCCGAGGAGGGCUGGGCAAGAAGCGCGAGCAGUUCCUAUUGGACUUUGACGCCGUUCUGGUGGAGUCGAAGUCGAUGCAAGGUGGUCGAAGUAGCUGGAACCAGGAGGUAUAGCACUCAGGCCAAAAUGGUAGACACGGGGACAGGCACGCUUUACAUAAUCGGCUCCUUCAAGAGGAUGACCACUGAUCCCGAUUUCAAGUUGUACCUGACGUCGAACGUGUCGUCGAGCGACUUCAACAUGGGCUACAGUAUGACGGGCACGUUGGAGCGCGGCUGCAAGAAGACGAACUCCUUCCAGAUGACUCAUUUCGCAGUGAUUCGUCGACGAGACUACGAAAAGGCGUACGAGGACUCGAAUCCCACCUAGUGCCCGUCCACACCCACGCUAUCCGAGUGCGUGGACUGCGAACAUUACGCGUAGCAGGCGUACAGAAGGAAAAGCAACACGGGUGUUUGAAACCGAAUUACAUAAUGCAUAUUCUCGAUCCGAGCGCUCCCGACGAUCGAGCGUUUCCUCACGGUUCUAUUCCAUCGGGAUCGAAUUCUCCGCUCCGAACCGCGAUACGAGAAAUCAAAGAAGCAAGCAAAAGAGAAAACCACAACACGUCCAAAGGUAGCGUUUAACUUAGGUCGAAUUUAAGUAGUUUUUAAAACUAGGCGGCGAACGAAUACCGAAAGUCGAGUAUACAUGCACACGGGGUAACGGUGAUCGAGGAAAAAAGUAUUCACUAAAGUAUUAGCACGUAAGUUAUUUCCUACGCGUCCUUCUUUACGCGAUGCUUUAUCGUCCACCGACAACUUUUAAUCGGGUAACCGGAAAAAGUUUCCAAGGAUUUAUAGUACAAGACUCGACUAAUUCUUAAAUGUCAAUAUUAAUCACAGUUUCUCUGACUUCCGUCAAUUUACAGGUUUACAUUAUUUUCGAUCGUUUGAUUAAAUUAAUAGUUUUCUAUGAUAAAUCUGAUUAAAUGAGUUUCCUAGCCAACUAUUAUAACUCCGCAUAAACUUUUUCUAAAGCGUAUCGCGUACCACGCUACGAACUUUCCUGAUUUCACUGAUAUUUUAGUGAACGAAAGCCGCCGGUAGGAAUCCGUAUCUGAUAAGAUUAUCUCUAUCUUACACCUUAACUCUUUCACCAAAAAUUUAUAAUGUACUUCAUUGAAUUCAUUUUACUUUUGAAUGAUCUGUACAUCCCUAAAGGCAUUGCCAAUCAUUUUAUCAGAUACGGGUCGGCCGACUUGUUUCAAUUUUUUCCGUUGCUAGCGAACAAAAAAGCGAUAAAUCCUUUGCUUCCGGAUUGGUGGUACGUCUGUCGCGUAGCGGCCUCACGCUUCGACCUAUACUUAUUUUUGUUAAAAAAAAGGCGGUAGAGAGACGCGUAGAAAACGGCCGCUGCGCGACCAUCGCCUCUCAUCGACUUUCUCGAAUCGACUCGAUCGCGUUCGAUGCUCGACUCCUCGUAAUCGUGAUUUGUACACACAAUUUUUGUACCUUCGGCUUUGCUCAAUAAUCUGUGUAUGUAAUCUAAAUACCAAAGAAAGAAGAAAUACCACGGCAAACAUAGAUACGUAAGCUACGAUCGUAAAUUUAUUCUGAGCGUUCGAUGAUUAGCAAAACGCGCUCGUCGGGCUAAUUCGUUUGAUUUUAUAAUUACGUCGAUAUUAUACGCGUUUCUGAUAGUCGGAUCUUUUUUACUCUACACAUGCAUGUAUAUUCUUUUUAAACGUUAAUCGAAGCAAGUUGUAUUAUACAUUGCUAUACGCGUUAACUAUGAAACCAAUAAGAACUGUCCACCUUUCUCGUAUCGUUAAAUUUUUAAGUAUAAUUCGAUUUAUGAUAAAAUCUAGUCUAGUGCAAUCCUCAUAUUAUACGACGUUACGUUCAUACUGUACAGGGUACUCAAUGAUACGUGGGCAAUAUGUCAAGAACUGACUGUUAUUUGACUUCUCCCGGCGCUUAUAGAUGCUGACAUGUUACGCCCUGAAAAUCUUUGAUUGGUUUUAUAGUUACGCAGCGGUUUAUUAAUCGUUAUGAUGUUUGCGGAGGACAGUGUAGUUGCGACAGAAGAAACGAAAGCGAUCGAAUCCAAGUAGACAGUAUUCUGUGUGCCAUCUACUUAGAUACAUAUAGGUAGAUAUAGUCGACUGCUAUUACGCGUUACAGGGUUGAAAUGGUUUCGUUGGCGAAUCGACGAGGAUCACGUUAUUCUUUUAUCUCUUCGUUUCCAACAGGGAAUGCCCCGAUCUUUUAUUAUUAUCAAGAGAACGAUCUUUCGAUUCCUCGCCGAUUCGCGAUUACGCCACAGAUGGAGAAUCGCCAAUAAUAUAGAGUUAACGGGAUGUUCGUUUGACAGCUGGUAGGUAGAAGUUUGGAAAAAAAAUUUGAUCGAUGUUAUCGUAGAAUAUUAGCGUAGAUUUAGAUACGUGACGCUUUUUCUAGUAGAUUCUCUCUGGUAGGAUUUCUAGUAGACUAGACUUACCAGUAGUUGCUGUAAGUAAAGUAGAUUUGUUCGACGUUAAUGAGACCCGGUGAUAACUUUGUGAAUGCGUACGUAUUUAUAAUUCAACCGAAUGAGUAUGAGAAAUAGUCGGAAAUAUUGGAAUAUUUCCAGAACGUGAGGCAAGAAAAUUAACAAAACAGUCGUUCUCCUAUCACUUUUUAAUAUUCCUACUUCUUCAUUGAACAUCUUAUCUUUAUUCAUAUAAUAAGCUGACAGAUAAAAAUUGGAGUGAAUUUAUGGCGCGAGAAUUAUCGUUCGGUUGGAUUAUAUCAUUUUACGCAAUUGGCAUGAAAGAACAAAAAAUUGUCGUAAUGUAUUGUUGCAAGUUCGUGUACUUUUAUCACACAAUUUCCAGUUGAACGUAAAAUAGUAUAGCGACAGCGUCUACGGGUCUCAUAUAGAUGUUCGCACGCUCGUGUAGAGAGAGAAAAUACGGUAGGUAAAAUUCUUGUUCUGUCUAAUGUCUUCAUACACGAAAGCACAAACUUAAACACAAACAUAAACACAAACACAGAUACAGACAUAUACAAAUCUCUGUGUUCGCUUAUUUUCAAGGUAGCCGAUAUACAAGUAGAUAUUUAGAUAUCGGUAGAUAGCGGUUUAAGUGAACGUAUACGUCCGAUAUCACGGUCCCUCCUAACUACUUAGCCGUAGCUUCGGCCCACCGAUGCAAGCUCUCGUCGAAUUCGAAAACGGUAUCCAUCUUCGUCAGCUGCACAAACGGGUCUCUAGUCAGUUUCACUCUUUUAAUCUCUCCCGCUUGCCGGGUUCCGUUCAAAAUCGCUGGUCCCCAUUUUUCGGAAAAUUAUAGAAAACUGAGAUUGAUUCACGGAUUCUCCCGGCUCUUAUUCUUCUAGUCCAGAUGUUACAAUAUUAGCACGAAUAUUUUAAUCUUCUGCCUUUCUAUCUGAAUAUUUAAUAUAGCUAUAUUCUUUUCGUUUAGAACUUAAUUGUCGGUUAACUUUCUUGAUAAAUUACGAAUCGAUGCAUUGAAAAUCGGAUUGUAUCAGUAAAUUAUAAGUCGAAUAUUGUCACUUUGAUGAACUAAUUUAAUGAAAACCUAUCAAAGCUAUUAAAUAAUAUAAUAUCUGUUAUUUACGUUUCAUAAGUCCUGGGCGAAAAUAAGAACUGUACGAACUCGUGUAAUGAUUGUACCGAUGACCGUACUGUUUGGACAUUGAUACGGCGAUUGGAACGGAGAACAGUGAGCGGGUUUAGAAGUCGUCUAUGCCCUAAAGUAGAAAGAUUUAACAAAGUAGACUUGUGGUAGUGGUAGUCGUAGAACAGUCGAUGUGAUCGUUAAUUAUUAUCAUCGUCAUCGUCGCUUUUUCAUCGCCAGCUGUGGCCCCGUUCGUCGAUGCGACGGUCGCGCGUCCUCGUUUCCUCGUCGUGUCUUCGCCGGCCCUGUGAUCGCGUCCGAGCAGCAUAUUUUUAUUUUUUCUAGCCACCAGAGACCGAUCUACGAAUCGAGCGGUAAUCGCAGCGACGAAGGGGACCCCGAUCAUAGCGAAACGCCGAUAGUCGACUUCGUGCUAGAGAAUCAUAAUGGAGUAAGUGAAAAUCUUGAUUUUAACUCUCCCGUAGAGAUAAUUAUCGUAAUCGUAAAAAUCGAGAAUCAUUGAGAGAUGUAUAAGCAAAUUUUUUCAAGGAAAAUAGCCGAGAUAACAAGUUCACGUUUCAUACUUCCAAUAUUCUUGCUACCUAUGACACAUAUCAUCACCAUAUAUUUUUAUUACUGUGUUUAUGACCACGCUGAUAUUUUUAUAGUGUAGAUAAAAUAUUUAUUUAUAGGGACACUUAGCCACAAUUCAAGCAGGCAACCAUUCGUCCUUUAUUUACAACCGUAUCAGACAUUUUAUAUACGUUUCCUUAGUACAUCGCAUAUUUCAUUCGUAUCCUCAAAUACACUUUAAACCCGCGAACAUUCGGCAUCUAUUUGUAACCAUAUUUAUAUACCUGACUUUUAUUCAGUGCGUAAACAUUUUACAGCCAUAUUAUCUUUUAGAAGCCAUUCUGCAGACCUGAAGAUACCCAUUAGAUACAUACGCAAUCAAUUGACUUACUCCAUUAUAAUUUUCAAUCGCUGUACGCAAGCAUAGAUUCGAUAGUGGACACAGGCACGGUAGAAGAGUAGCUCGAUUUUAAUUGGUACGCUUGUACCCUAAUUCAGUUUCGUUGAAAGUAAUUCCUUCGUCUAGUCUAGUUCAAAUAGCUCAAGCUGUCUGCUCCCUUCUGAUUUGUUUGGUUUGGUAGAAUUGAAUGUACGUAGAUAAUUAGAAUGUAUGUACACAGAAUGUAGUAACACAGUAGCAAAGCUUACAUCUCUUUAUUGCCGAAACAUGAUGCAUACAUAUAUAUUAUAAACUAUGCAUAUACAUACACGUAAUUAUUAUUAGUCUUCUGAAUGCGAACAGAAACGUAUUCGUAUUCAAAGCUAUGGCUGUGAUUUAUGAUAUUAACUGGAUGAAACGGUUCGUAAGAUACUAACUAUAUGUAUAAUAUAUAUACACACAUAGGUAUAUUAUAAUGUAACUUAUAAGUAGGUUUAUGACGACGCAUGUACUAUAGCGACAAGCGAUAUUUUGCCAAAUCGUUGCGCUCAACAAAGGGCUUGCGUUUUCCUCCGAUAUGUUAACGCAAGAUUUCGGAUCAAAAAAAUUUCGACAAGCGAUUCGCGAAACCGUCCCGGAAAUGCUGUACACGUCUGGGAGAUCGUUUGGAACCGGAUUUCCCCUACUAAAUAUGCAUCAAUUAAAUUCUUCACAUAUAAUUUCAUAUAAAGGCUUCGUAUAUCAUUUUAUGUAAAGGCAGAACAUGAAGUGGCUACGAAGAUAUAUGGUUCCAUAUUUAAUCAAAUAAUUAUUAGAAUGUUCAAAACAACAACAACAACAACAACGAUACUCGAUAAGAUGUAAUCAAGCUUGAAUGAUUAAUGACUGGAGGAAUCAUUGAAAUUUCAGAUUCUUGACGAUAAUUCUAAAAACGGUUCGUGAAUCACACAGAAUGUUUUGACUGAAUCUUGCGCAAUCAAAUGUAUAAUACUAUGAAUUUACAGGAACUUGACUGGCGCUCGUAUGAACGCGAUAUGUUCCAUCGUCCGGUGCUAAAAUGAUGCGUUCUUCUCCUAAUACGUCUGUCUCUUACCCUGUAAAACUCAAAAUAAUCCUUUCUGUCCACCGAUUUGGCCCUCCCUUCCUCCCUUGGUAUCGAAAGCAACGAACUAUCGCCGCCGUGACUAAAGAAGUACUGGCGGCGGUCCAGAAUCAAAACGGAACACAGAAAGAAAUCAAAGAUUGCGAUGAACGUUGCUCAGAAGAAAGUCGGCGAUUAAGUAUAAUAUUUUGUAUCGUAGAAUACCGCCAAAGUUGAUGCCACCGAUGUGUCAGUAGUAAAUUCUGUGGUUAAGUGCAUUUCUGGAUCGAGUUGAAACCAUUUAAAAUAGCCAUUAAUUACAUUGCAGCACGUUAAGUUCAGUUCAAUUUUAAUCAAACCCGAACAUUGUUUUUUGCUGUAUUGAUUUAUUUUUUAUUGCUGUAUUAAUAAUGUAGGCGAGAAAAAGUGUCAUUUUAAUGGUUUUUACUCGAUGGUCACGGACAGUAUGAACGGUUUGGAUAUCGGAUGUUAUCGCACCGAACGGUACGAGAUUUCACCGGUAUGAUUAAUGGUAAAGGAAUCGACGCGAUUCGAUGGCGAGGCGAAGGGUCGCGCCGAUAUCAAACUUAUAAGCCCGGAUAAUACCGGUGCGAAACCGAUAAAAGAAUAAAAGAAAAAUAACGCGCAUCGAUGUAUUUUCACUACAGUCCUGUCUACAGUCAAUUCAUUUUGUAUUUAUACCUAAUCUAUGUAUCUAUCGUCAUAAUUUAUGCCGAAAUAAAUGUUACAUUUACGCACAACGGAA